CUCUAAUUCGAUGGAAAUCUCACGUUAUGAUGAAACCUUGUUGCAGAAGCGAUGCUAAGUCGUCUAAUGGCCAAUGGCAUGGCAUUUAUAAUGGAUCAGGAGAGCUUUCCGUCGCCAGCUACCGAGCAAGCCGUGGUAUACAAAUAACGCUGGUGGCCCAGCGCUUGACCAUUCGACUCUUAACUUUACCCUGAGCUUGCAAUUUGACAAGCUUCUCAACAAUUUGAGCUCUUCCUGUCCAUUUCCACCUUCUACCUCAUCGAACGCGUUUUCACAUAGAACACACGGUCGCCCGUUGGCGUCCACAGACAACAGCAAACAUGGAUUCAAUGAUAACAGCCGCGGCUCCUGCGCCCGAGAAGCUCACUGAAGAUGUCGAAAACCUGAGCUUAUCCCCAUUCGGUGUUGCAAGGUCUUCUGUCAACGAGACACCGCUUACUGACGAAGAACUACGCUUGACGACCGAUUAUUUCAAUGCCUCCAUGUACAUGUGCUUGGCCAUGAUUUAUCUGCGAAGGAAUCCUCUUUUGCGCCAGCCAUUGACACUGGAUCACCUCAAGCGCCGACUGCUAGGUCACUGGGGAUCUGACGCUGGUCAGUCCUUCACCUACAUCCACAUGAACCGCCUCAUCAAGAAAUAUGACCUGGACGCUCUGUUUAUUUCUGGUCCCGGUCAUGGUGCGCCUGCCGUCCUUUCAAAUUCCUACCUUGAGGGUGUUUAUUCUGAAGUUUAUCCUGACAAGAAGGAGGAUGAGGAGGGUUUGAGGAGGUUCUUUAAGUACUUCUCCUUCCCAGGUGGUAUCGGUUCACAUGCUACUCCGGAGACCCCUGGAAGUUUGCACGAGGGAGGAGAGCUUGGGUACUCAAUCUCUCACGCGUUUGGCGCAGUGUUCGAUCACCCCGAUCUGAUUGCGCUCACGAUGGUCGGCGACGGCGAGUCUGAGACCGGUCCCCUAGCUACGAGUUGGCACUCGACCAAGUUCCUGAACCCCAUCACUGAUGGAGCUGUACUGCCUGUGCUGCACUUGAACGGAUACAAAAUCAACAAUCCCACAAUUCUCUCUCGCAUAAGCCACAAGGAGCUCGAACAGCUCUUCCUCGGAUAUGGGUGGACACCCUACUUUGUUGAAGGUAGCGACUUGCCUUCAAUGCAUCAGGCCAUGGCGGGCACGCUGGAGCGUUGUGUCACAAAGAUCAGGGAAUAUCAAAAGGAGGCUCGUGACUCAGGCAAGGCGUUCAGGCCUCGCUGGCCUAUGAUCGUUCUCCGAACACCGAAGGGCUGGACUGGCCCUCGCAAGAUUGGCGACCACUAUUCUGAGGGCUUCUGGCGUGCUCAUCAGGUUCCAAUCACUGAUGUCCUCACCAACCCCGAGAGUCUUAAGAAACUAGAGGAGUGGAUGCGUAGCUACGGGCCUGAAAAGCUCUUUGACAAGGACGGCAAGCUCAUCUCCGAACUCAGAGAGCUAGCUCCCAAGGGCAACAAACGUAUGAGUGCCAACCCUGUUGCCAACGGUGGGCUACUCAAGAAGAAGCUGCAUGUACCAGACUUCCGCAGCUACGCCGUAGAUGUCAAUAAGGGCGGUGUGUCGAGGUUGGGCAGCAUGGCAAACUUUGCGACAUUCCUCCGCGAUGUUGUUGCACAGAACCCUCACGACUUCCGUGUCUUCGGACCCGAUGAGACUCAAUCCAACAAGCUUGACAAGAUUUACGAGGCUGGCAAGAAGGUAUGGCUGGCCGACUACUUUGAAGAAGACGAAGAUGGUGGUAAUCUCGCCUUUGACGGACGUGUUAUGGAGAUGCUCUCUGAACACACAGUCGAGGGUUGGCUCGAGGGCUAUGUUCUUUCAGGAAGACACGGUCUACUCAACAGCUACGAGCCUUUCAUUCACAUUAUUGACAGUAUGGUGAACCAGCACUGCAAGUGGAUCGAGAAGUGUCUCGAGGUUGAGUGGCGAAAGAAGGUCGCUUCGCUCAACAUUCUUCUCACCGCUACUGUAUGGCGACAAGACCACAACGGCUUCACGCACCAGGAUCCUGGUUUCCUUGACGUGGUCGCGAACAAGAGUCCUGAUGUCGUGCGCAUCUACCUGCCCCCGGACGCCAACUGCCUGCUCUCCACUAUGGACCAUUGCCUCCGCAGUGAGAACUACGUCAAUGUCAUUGUUGCAGACAAGCAGGAGCAUCUGCAAUACCUCACUAUGGACCAGGCCAUUGAGCACUGCUCCAAGGGAGUUGGCAUCUGGAGAUGGGCUUCUAAUGACGAAGGCGAAGAACCAGAUAUCGUCAUGGCGUCUUGUGGAGAUGUCUCUACCCACGAGGCUCUUGCGGCUACCGCUCUACUUCGCACUCACCUGCCACAGCUGAAGAUCCGCUUCGUCAACGUCGUCGAUCUCUUCAAGCUAAUCGAUGCAAGCGAGCAUCCUCAUGGUCUGCAAGCACACGAGUGGAAAGCAAUCUUCACAGACAACGUCCCCUGCGUCUUCAACUUCCACUCGUACCCCUGGUUGAUCCAUCGCCUAACGUACGGCCGCAAAGGUCAGCAGAACCUUCUUGUCUGUGGUUAUCGGGAGAAGGGCAACAUCGACACACCACUCGAGCUGGCCAUUCGCAAUGGUACCGAUCGCUACAGUCUGGCAAUUAACGCUAUCGACCGAAUUCCUGGCUUGGGUAACAAGGGUGCGGCUGCUCGUGAGGCAAUGCUCAACGAACAGAUCCGCGCGAAGAACUACUCCUUCCAUGAGGGCGUAGAUCCUAAGGAGAUUGGUGAAUGGGUAUGGCCUUUCUAAGUCUGGAUUCCAGUGUAGAUUUGGUUUAGCCAGUGUGAACUGACAAUAGUGCUAAUGAGAUUGAUGACAUAUCGUGCACAUUCAGUAAACCUUUCAAAGUGGCACGAUUGCCAACUCGCCGUGGCGUGUUUCAGUGCAUGGUGGUUGGUCAUCUCAUACCAGACAUACUACAUGAGGAUGCUACUGACGUCGCUCGUGCUCAUUCACUACAUCUUCCUACCUCAAAGACGCCGAAUAAAUGUAUUGUGAACCCAUCCUCGGUGUAAAAAGUUGCAGCCACGGUCUUAGCAGACAAUGCAACGACAAAAAGAAUGCGUGUUAUCUCCCCCGGAAAGGCUCGAACUUUCAACCUCCUGAUGUGCAAUCAAGCGAGAUGCGGAUAACAGUCAGACGCGCUAGCCAAUUGCGCCACGGAGGAUCAACUUGUACUUUCAAGUUGGUGGUUGCGCCAC